AUGAAGCCAGUAGUACAAGAGAACAACAACAACAAUGGAAAAGUAACAAUCAAAGCAGAGUGCAGAGGAGGAAAAAUCGAAAUCGACACGAAAAAUGUCGAUACGAUUAAGUACAUAGAAAAAAGGCUGACCGAAAAAGGUGUGCAGAGGUUAGAACGGCAUCCCGCUGACGGGUUGCCGUUCAAACAUGACCCAAAAAAGGGUCAUGGGGGGAAGUACACGUGGGAGGGACCGGAUAACGAGGCGGUUAGUGAACUGGAUCCGGUCCCACCCGCGUUAGAUGAGAAGGAUCCGAAUUACGAAGAGGCAGAGGAAGAAGCAGAGGAUGAAAAAGAGAAAGUAGUGGUGGGUGAAGUUGAAGUGGCUAAAUUGGCUGAUGAAGGUGUUGGUAGAAUUGAUGUUGAUCCUAAUUUGAAAGUUGAUAACACUAAGUAA